AAGGCAGAUGUGGUGGCAUUCCUCAAUAUGAUUUUAGAAGGCAGGGUGGGACAGUUGACACCAAGAUAGAGAGGGUGGUCGUUGUGCAUAUCGUAAAGACAAGCAGCCAUUAAUCCCUGCUCGUACCAUGGAAGGAGCUCCUGCGACUAAAUUCAACAAAAGGCACGAACCCCUGUCGGGAGCGUCAUCACAAUGAGGACGGGCGCGGCACAGGUAAACUCAAUAAAAUCCAAAGAUUUCAUAUGGGAGCGUGGUGUUUUUGGCUUUCCUUUCCCCGACAAUCUUACAAGGUUGAAUUCGACUUUAGCAGCAGAUUCUUAAGUUACGGAUUCAGAGACACAAACUCCAUGGAUUUUGUGUUGUCUCACAGUGAAAAUGGUAAAAAGAGACAUAGAUUUAGCAGGUAACAUGUGAGUGGGUUUUGGGUCCUGGGUUUUGGAUUUUGGGUCUUGUGACUCUCCUUCCACGUCUAUAUAUACAGCCAAGGGUCUCUGUAUCAGUAUAAUUACAGUUGGGGUAUCGUGUGAAUAACCACUAGCAUUUCAAUUUUGUAAUAUCCAUUAGCAUUUCAAUUUUGUAAUACCCACGAGUAGCAUUUCAAUUUUGCGACACCCAUUAGCAUUUUUAUUUUGCAAUAUUUCAAUUUCGCAUUACCCAUUAGCAUUUCAAAUUUGCAAUACCCAUUUGUAGCGUUUCAAUUUCGCAAUACCCCUUAGCAUUUCAAUUUUGCAAUACCCAUUUGUAGCAUUUCAAUUUUGAGGGACAAGAACUCGCCUACACAUUCCAGAGUGAUCAUCAUGAAUUGAGAGUGGUGGGUUUUCUUUAGAUAUCUUACCUAAUGGGAGACUGGAUUGCUGAUGAAAGGCGGAGGAGGGGGCCAUCAUUUUCUUCGGCCCUCCUGGAUGCGAUUUCAAGGGCAACAGAGAGUUCCCAAGAUGAGGUCUCCACCCAUCCUCUCUCAUUACCCAACAAGCCUAAGCUUGGGAUUGAUGGCCAAGGUCAUUAUGCACGCGCAGAGCAGUUGUCUUUCAAGUACAAUUCCAUCAAUGCCCUCCAAGUGCGCACUAGGCCAGAUUCUUCAUCUGGCGGGGACCGCCGACACUGCUGUUGUGGCUCAUCUUCCUGCAAAUGGAGGAAUGCGGGAACUUCCACUUCCACUUCCACUGCUAUUGCCUCUUCCAAUCCUAGGCCUGCUUAUGCUUCGCAGGGGGCAAAGGUUAUGCCUAAAGUGAAGGAGCCAAAGCUCAAGCCCAGCAAGGCUAUGUCGCCAGGAAGUAGGCUAGCAAGUAUUCUGAACUCUGUUCUGGUGUCCAGUUGGAGCAAGAGUAAGUCACAGCGCGAAGAAUUGAAAGGCGCUUCGGACUCUGCAAGCAAUUCAACAUCCUCUUCCCAUUCCCAUUCCUUCUUUUCUCGUUCAAUGUCCUCCACCUCUGCCUCCACCCUAUCCACCCCUGCCUCCACCUCAUCCUCAUCCUCACUCUACAAGCCUAAAUCUAAGGACCAACAUCUUGCAAAGGUGUCUAAGAGGAGUAGUGAUACUCCCCCAUCUUAUCAUACAAAGUACAAGUCUUCUUCCUCUUCCUCUGCCUCUGCCUCUGCCACUGCCACUGCCAACAAGGAAAAGAAUGGGAAGAUCCGAAGCUGGGUAUUAUUUGAGAAGAAUGUUGUGGCUUCUUCAUUGAGAAAUUACUCCACCAAGGUCGACAACAGCAGAAAUUUGGAUGAGGAGGAUGCAGACAGUGAUUCAAGCUCUGACCUCUUUGAGCUUAACAGCAUCUACUCCAGAGAUCUUCCUGUUUAUGAGACUACCCAUUUGGAGACCAACAAAGCUAUUGCCAAAGGACUUCUGUGAUACACAUUACAGUUUUUUUUUGUAAUUUCAAUUCUACUAGUUCUUAUUUCAUGUCACUUCUACCUCAACUCACCUUAACAAAGGUUGGCUCAUGUUUUUUGUGAAAUCUACAGAACUUUUAAUCUUCAAUUACAAGGGGUAUCCAGUUAAUUAUUCUGAGAAUAGAUAGUGCAGAGAGAUAAAGAGUCUUGUGUUUUGCAAAUGGGCUAUAAAAGAAUGUUUAAAUUCACACCA